CUGGAAUAUAAUAAAAAAAAAGUCAUCCAACUGACAUCUGUUUUUCUCGUUGCAACCUGAUUACAGUUCAUUAUCCAUUCGCCAUGGCCACAGCCGUUGUUUCACGCUAUGCAGCCAGAGCCACUAUUCGGACUGUGCCUACGAUCAGCCACAGCGCACCACGACAGAUGCUGGGCGCUGUAAAGCAUCAGCAUGUCCCAUUUAUGCUUAAUGCGUCCAGAUCGAUCUCUAUGAGCUGGUAUCGGGGCGCGGCUGUCAGUCCCGAGAAGCAGCAAGUGGUGACUGAGAAAUCCAACCCUGCAACAUCUCAGGCACCACCGGCAUCCGAAACUUCAUCGACCGUGGUCACACCACCCAAUAACGAACCCACUUCUCGCCUUGGCAAACUGUAUAAGCAGUCCAAAGAGCUUGUUAUCUUUUACAAGAACGGUAUCCAGUUGUUGUGGAACAAUAACAAAACCGCCAAAGCUUUGAAACGCAAAGUUGCAGAGGAAGGCUAUGUUUUGGAUCGAAAUCAGUUCCAGCUGGUAACUAUCAUGAUACCCUGUCAAGUAUGCGUGCUUUUGUUUUAUUAAUCCUUGUGAUAUGGCUCAGAUCCAUCAUUCCCGCAAGGACAUGAUCAAAUUGAUUCCGUUUGGUAUCAUUUUUUGUAUCCUUCCAGAGUCGGUAUGUUGCAUGAUUUAUUUCGAUGGGUUCGAAUUGGAAUACAGGUGAAUUGAAUACGUAAUAGAUUCCAUU